AUGACAGACUUAGAACUUCAUGUUCAUCUUCCUGGAUUUGACUUACCAUCUAUUGAUCCUUAUUGUUUAAGUGUAAUUUGUUAUUUACAAAUAACGACUCCUGGUUUAUAUAGUCUAAUUUAUUCUAAUAAUGAUACUUUAUCACCAACAGGAAAAUUGCCUGCUCUUAGGGAUUCAGGGACAUGGAUUGGAUCUUGGAAUAAUAUUAUAAAUUAUUUAAAGCAAAAAGGGUUUGAUGCAGAUGAUUUUUUAACAGAUAUUCAAAAAGCUGAUAUUAUUGCGUAUGAAUCACUUAUUCAUGGAUUUGGAUUUGAUCUUACGCUAUUCAACAUUUAUGUCGAUGAUGAAAAUUAUUCAAAUGUUACUAGACCACUUUAUUAUGAAAAAUAUUUUCCUUUUUCAACUUCUUAUUUAACUCUUAUGUAUACUAGAAAUUUUGCAAAAAAAAGAACAGAAUAUUUUAAAAUAAAGCAAACAGUUCCUAAAGAAAUAAAAAGUCAUUCAAUUUUUCAAUAUCAUUUAAAAAACACAUCUUAUGAUUUUAAGAAAGAGGCUAAAAAUCAAAAAUUAAAAGUAUUAUCAUCUAAUUUUUAUAGAUUAUUAGCUUCUAAGCUUUCAUCUCAACCAUUUAUAUUCGGUGAUCGUCCUACUUCUCUUGACUGUUUGAUAUUUGGUCAUCUUGCAUUGCAGUUUUUUCCAAAUUUUCCUAAUUCUAUAUUAUCUGAACACUUAAAGUCUACAGAACCAUUGCUCGUAUCUUAUUUACAUCGUUCUUUUUCUAUAUAUUUUCAAGAAAACAAACCUUUGAAUAUCAAAAACACAGAAUUAAAAUAUUUUUCAAAUAUGGCAAAUAUCUUAUGGAAUAAUAUUACUAUACUUAGCCCAGUUAUUCGAUUAAAGGAACUUAUAGGUGUUAAUAAUACAGAAAACCGGAAAAAAUUUCUUACUAUUUCUAUUAGUAUUUUGUGUUUUAUAUCAUAUAUUUAUAUUACUGGCAUAGUAAAAAUAGAAAUUAAAAAUCAAAAUGAAAAUAAUUCAGAAAAAGUUGAUGAAACUUUAAAUAAUGAUGUAGUUCUAUAA